CACAAACAGAACAACUGCUUCCCGUCAAAAUAAAAAUAUAAAAAAUCCAAAUCCAAAUAAAAAAAGCUGAAUAAACAACUGUUUAAACGGACCUCCGACAGCUUUCUUCUCCGGACCACGCGGAGCAACACAUUCUAACCACUUUCCAGUUUCCACCGAUCUCCACUCCUAUCUAUCUGUCCUUGCGAUCAAUUUUUUUCUUAGAGGAUUGGAAUGUCUCCGAAGUCUGAAAAUGGAAUCGAUGGCGACGACGAGAGGGAAGAAGGGGAGUCUGAAGAAGACGAGGAGUUAGAAGAAGAGGAGGAGGAUGAGCCGAGGCUUAAGUACCAGAGAAUGGGCGGCAGCGUGCCGUCUCUCCUCUCCAACGAUGCUGCCUCGUGUGUCGCUGUUGCGGAACGGAUGAUCGCCUUGGGCACUCUAGGUGGCUCUGUUCACAUUCUCGAUUUCCUAGGCAAUGAGGUUAAGGAAUUUGCUGCUCAUACUGCUGCGGUGAAUGACCUUUGUUUUGACGUGGAAGGUGAAUACAUUGGGAGCUGUUCAGAUGAUGGAUCUGUUAUAAUACAUGGACUUUUCACUGAAGAAAGAAUGAAAUUUGAGUAUCACCGCCCCAUGAAGGCUAUUGCCUUAGACCCAGGUUAUGCCAACAAAUCAUCCAGACGAUUUGUGACUGGUGGUUUAGCCGGACAAUUGUAUUUUAAUGUCAAAAAGUGGAUAGGCUACCGCGAUCAGGUUCUUCACUCUGGUGAAGGUCCAAUUCAUGCUGUGAAGUGGAGAGCUAAUCUCAUUGCCUGGGCCAAUGAUGCAGGAGUGAAAGUUUAUGAUGCUGCCAAUGACCAGCGUAUUACUUUUAUUGAAAGACCACGUGGAAGCCCACACCCUGAACUUCUUCUGCCUCACUUAGUUUGGCAGGAUGAUACUCUUUUGGUCAUUGGGUGGGGAUCAUCUGUCAAAAUUGCAGUAAUAAGAACAAACCAGAACAAGGGUGUGAAUGGAAAUUACAAACAUAUUCCAAUGUUGAGUAUCAACCAGGUGGAUAUAGUGGCAUCUUUUCAAACCGGCUAUUUCAUUUCUGGAAUUGCUCCAUUUGGUGACACUUUGGUUAUUCUAGCUUAUAUUCCGGGAGAAGAUGGAGAGAAGGACUUCAGUAGUGCCACUCCAUCACGUCAUGGAAAUGCCCAGAGACCAGAAGUCCGAGUAGUAACAUGGACUAAUGAAGAGCUUGCAACAGAUGCACUUCCUGUGCAUGGUUUUGAGCAUUAUAAAGCCAAAGACUAUUCCCUUGCGCAUGCUCCAUUUUCUGGUAGUAGCUAUGCAGGUGGGCAGUGGGCUGCUGGUGAUGAACCCUUGUACUAUGUUGUGUCCCCAAAGGAUGUAGUUAUUGCAAAGCCUAGGGAUGCAGAAGACCACAUUAAUUGGCUUCUUCAGCAUGGAUGGCACGAGAAAGCCCUAGAAGCUGUUGAAGCUAGUCAAGGUCGUAGUGAAUUACUUGAUGAGGUAGGUGCGAGAUAUCUUGACCAUUUGAUUGUGGAAAGGAAGUAUGCUGAAGCUGCAUCUCUGUGUCCAAAACUGUUGAGAGGAUCUGCCUCUGCAUGGGAAAGAUGGGUUUUUCAUUUCGCUCAUCUUCGUCAACUUCCUGUAUUGGUUCCAUAUAUCCCAACAGAAAAUCCUAGGCUUCGUGAUACUGCUUAUGAGGUAGCUCUUGUGGCAUUGGCAACCAACCCAUCUUUCCACAAGGAUCUAUUAGCAACUGUCAAAUCUUGGCCUCCUGGCAUCUAUUCUACAGCCCCAGUCAUAUCAGCUAUAGAACCUCAGCUUAGAGCAACAUCAAUGACUGGUCCACUCAAGGAGGCACUGGCAGAGCUAUAUGUUAGUGAGGGACACCAUGAUAAGGCCUUCUCACUUUAUGCUGAUCUUAUGAAGCCAAAUCUAUUUGACUUCAUCGAAAAACAUAAUUUACAUGAUGCUGUUUCUGAAAAGGUUGCGCAACUUAUGAUGGUAGACUCUAAGCGUGCUAUACCGCUCUUGAUCCAACACAGGGACCUAAUACCUCCUCCCGAGGUGGUGUCACAACUGGCUGCAGGGAAUAAGGGUGAUUCACGACACAUGACACAUCUAUACCUCCAUGCACUCUUUGAAACAAAUCCUCACGCAGGAAGGGAUUACCAUGAUCUCCAGGUCGAGCUCUACUCUGAGUAUGAUCCGAAGAUGCUGCUUCCAUUUCUCAGGAGUAGCCAACAUUAUACACUUGAGAAGGCUUAUGAUAUCUGUGUCAAAAGGAAUCUAUUGAAAGAGCAAGUUUUCAUUCUUGGAAGAAUGGGGAAUUCCAAGCAAGCCCUAGCAGUUAUCAUAAAUAAGAUAGGAGAUAUUGAAGAGGCAAUAGAAUUCGUGAGUGAGCAACAUGAUGAUGAACUGUGGGAAGAAUUAAUCAGGCAGUGCCUUAAUAAACCUGAAAUGGUUGGUGUACUGUUAGAGCAUACAGUAGGGAACCUUGAUCCUCUGUAUAUAGUAAAUAUGCUUCCCAAUGGCUUGGAGAUACCCCGUCUGAGGGAUCGUUUGGUCAAAAUUGUCACCGACUACAGGACAGAAACUUCUCUUAGACAUGGUUGUAAUGACAUACUCAAGACAGAUUGUGUUAACCUUCUGAUUAAGUACUUCAAAGAAGCAAAGCGUGCAAUUCACUUAAGUGAUGAGGUAGAUGAAGCUCGUUCCAAGAGGGGUGAGCAGAGGGGUUUAAAUUUGGUUGACCGAAACCUUGGAACAAAAUCCAUAGCGGUCAAAUCAAAAACUAGGGGAGGUGGGAGGUGUUGCAUAUGUUUUGAUCCUUUUUCCAUACAGAGUGUAUCCAUUAUUGCAUUCUUUUGCUGUCACACCUACCACUUGAAUUGCCUUAUGGACUCCACAAAUGCUGUGAGUAGCAAAAAAGGGACGGGACCCCUCUCCCAAAGCGCAUCUCCAUAUUAUGAAUAUGAUAAUGGUGAAGUUGAUGAAGAAGAGGAUGAGGAUACCUCAUCAGGUGCCCUUCAGAUGCGUUGUAUAUUGUGCACUACUGCUGCAGGUUGAUUUUAUUUGCCCACCAAACCUUGUGUGUAACGUCCUACAGAGCUCCAUGUGUAGGACCUAUCACUCUUCAAGCUCAGAAGUAAUACUUGUGGGCUAAAAACUACCUCUUUUCUAACUGAGUCCGAGAACAUAUCACUUUGACAUGUGGUAGUCUUUUAGUCCGAAAAGAAUUAAUCUCAUGCAAGUGCUAGAGUGCAUGUAAAAUAGUCCCAUGCAUUUUGUGAGCAUAUAUCUCGAGGAUGAGCUAUUUUUUGCCAUGUUCGUGGUGUUAUACCGGACAUUUGCAAUCUUCAUUGUUGAUUAGGUGUAGAUUAAUGACAUUAAAAUGACUUCGAGAAGCUAGAUGAACAAUAACCCAAUAUGUCCUUUUACAGUCCGGAAGUAACGAUAGAUGAAAUAGCUGUCAUUCUGCACUUGUAAAUUAAGUUACCUGAUUGAAGAAAUUUGGUGUGCUGCUAGUCAUUCUCAGCCAUCUCAUGUGUGUGUAAAGAGAAAGUCUCACCAUGUGAUCGUCGUCAAAGAAUUAUAAGAGCGCAAAUCAGCCUAUGAAGUCUACACUAUGUGGUAGCACCAUUAUGAAGUUCGAAGUGGAUGUUUUUGAAGUGAUGCCAUAGCCCAUAGUUGUCAAUCUCAAUUUACCAGCACCUGAAAAUUAGCAACCCUACCAAGGUACACUGGCAGUUGAAUGUACUCAGCCAUCUUUAUUCAAAUGACUAGUAUCCAAUUAUUUGAAGUGUUGUAUUUCUCUACUCAAUAUAUUGUAAAUUUGUUGUUGUGUGUCAGUGUGCAACUGUGUGUGUGCAUUGGCUGCAUGUCUUUGGCAUUGAAUGUUUUAUUUAUUUUGGAUUUGGAGCAUGUCCCCAUGAAGGUAUAUAUUUUCAUGACUGAACUUCU